GUCAAGGUAAGUUGUUCAUCUUGCUAUCGUCAUCAUGACAAGAGGAGAAAUUUCCGCCAUAAUUGUGAUAGGGAUAAUAUACAUGUGUAUACCAGAAGCUUUCGGUGCCAAAGCCACAUGGCGCGUUAUGGGAUGUUAUAAAGUCAAAAAGGAUAGUGCUUCAAAGCACAAUCUUGGACAUGUCAAUUCAAAGAAUCCUUCUAACAUCUUCAAUAAAUGUGCGAAAAAGGCAGAACGUCAAGGUUUGCCUUAUUUGGGAGUCCAAAAUGGCAAUGAAUGCUGGGGCGCCGAAGAUGAUGAGGCUUAUGAUAAAAACAAUUGCUCGCACGACUGUGACGUUACUGGCAAAGGAAAAAAGAUGCAUGGAGUUGGAAAGGGAAUGGCGAAUUUUGUGUAUUACAGGAUGCCAGAUUGGACAUCAUGUAAAUGUGGUGAUAAGAAGAGCCACAAGCUCGACUUGGUCAAAGACAAACUAGCCAACUGCCCAUCGUACAACAGAAAGGUUAUUYCUUUAAAACAGAAUAAAAAAUGUCCCAAGAACUCACAAUGUCCAGUGUGAUCAAGUUUGUGGCCAUAAUGGUAAACAAACAAGAAGACUUUAUUGUUAUGAUAAAAAGGGCUGUGCUGGACAAAGACAAGAGGACCGCGAUUGUAACUCUGUAAACUGCCCUCAGCCAUGCAGCUUCGACGGUAUUCUACUGCAACUCCUUCACAGCCUGAACCUCAGCAUUUCGGUCAACAACAAUCAUCUGGUUGCAGCUUUUUCAGAGGUGAUGGAAGCUAUGAGUGAUACUGAGUCUCAACCGUCUUCUUCAGACGUCACCAACGAUUUCCUAAUAAAGAAAAUUAAAUAUUUUCUUCAAUCCACCGAUAAUUCAUCAGGUCAAUCCAAACAUGCUAGAACCUUUUUAGGGAUACUCCUUGCUCGACAGAAAACAUGCGAUUAUACAGACAUUUCCCGAGAACUGAGAGAUGAAAUCGGCGAUGAAGGAUUUAAGAAAUUGCUAAACGUAGAUGGUAAAGUUACCUUGAUCUUUGUAAUCGACAUCAGUGGAAGCAUGAGGAAAGAGAUCCCUCAAGCUACAGAGAUUGUUAAAGAUAUUGCUGAAUAUACAUCGAUCGCCAAUGUCGACUACGUCCUGUCGACAUUCUCUUCUAAAAGCGGAAGUAAGGAUUUCGUUGGUGACGUUCAAAACUUCGACGAUCGCAAGGAAUUCAUAAACGCCCUUGAUAGACUUGUCAAACGUGAGCAUCGUAGGGAAAAAAAAGCUGACUGCCAAGAACCAACAUACACCGGGAUUAUCAGAGCGAUCACCAAUGGCCAUCCACAACGUGGUUCUCCUAUGUAUGUAUUUACUGACGCACCUCCAUAUGCAUUGGGAGAUUUUACCCCAGAUAACGCCAUAUAUCAUGCCCAGAAAAAUAAGAUUCCUGUCAACGUUUUCCUAUCCAAGCCUUUUUGUGGACCACAAACAAAAUCAUCUUACAGGGUAAUAGCAGAGGCUACCGGGGGAUUAAUUCUACCAUUAAGAAAGGGUUCAUCAAUGAAACAUCUAGAGCAGAUGAUMAUGGGAAGUCUUGACGGUACUGCAAUCGUUGCAAGUAAUAGGAACAACAGAAAACGAGGAACUAAAAAAUAUGACAAAACCUUUUAUAUCGAUGAUAUCGCGCAUGAGGGAACUCUUGAAGUUGAAGUUAAAGAUGCUGAGGCAGUUCUGCUAAAUCCCGGAAAAUCCCGAAGAAAUUCCGAUAUAAAGAACGGUGUCAAGUUACUUUGGACCAUUAAAAGACCAGCAAGAGGAACGUGGCGUUUGAGAUCUAAAGCUGCAGAUUUGAAGUUUCAGGUUMAGUCACAAACAAAGUUGGGUAUCACCUUGGAUUGCCAUUUCAUGAGGAGUGCAACCCAUAUAGAUGAUCCUUUGAUAGGAGAGAAAGCCAAAGUCGAAAUUAAAGUUCCAAGCAUAUCUCGGUUGAAUAAGAAUUCCUUGUCACUUCCCAAUGACUGGAUACUCCUGUCUCAAAACAAUGAUAUCUACACCUACGAAUCUAAGGAUCCACUUUCAGAAGAACAUUUCAAAAUAUCUAUGCGUGGCAAAACUCUAUCAGGGUUCGAUUUUACAAGAGAGUCACGCGUCAUUCAGCCCAAGAUUGCAGUCAUCAAGUCUCUCAUGGAAAAACAGAAAUAUUUCCCUGAAGCAGGGAAAAAGUUCCAAUAUAGAGCAUCCAUUGGCUACGCCAAGGACCUGCCCAUGUCGUUUCAAAUGAAAUUCAUAGCCGAUUUCGGAGACAACGAUGAGAUCAUAAAUCCAAAUUAUACGGACAUAACUUUAUCUAGGGGCGUGAAAACAGUUUCCUGGACCCUGACUGCACCUACCAAAGGUUACUUCACAAUGAAGAUUAGAUUGAAGAGAGACGAUGUGGAGAUAAAUUUUCAGGAUGAUCUUUUCUUCGUUAAAGGCUAAAUCUUGAUUUCCUAGAAUGGACACAUACCCAAUAAAACGAAAAGAAACUAGACUCUUAGAUGGAGUAGCUAAUAUAACAGUUCAUUAUAGUAGGAACAGGGAGUAUUGUGUAGAUUAGAAAAAAUGUAGCUCAAUUGAGAAUGUAUUAAAACUUGCCACAGGCAAAAAAA